AUGUCCACUGGAGUGGACAUUCGGCUUUUAAGGGUUAAUGGUGAAAUGUAUGAAUCGAAACAUGCCAUCGAAGCUUAUUGUCAUUUUCUACGUCUAUUAAUGCAUUUUAUUGAUAUUUAUCCUGAAUUAGAUCGUAAUAUUAACGAAACGAUUGAAAAUUUUGUAAGACAUCAACGAAAUCGAAAUAAACGAGUCGUACCUGAUAUUGGUGAAUUUUUAAUACAAAUUGCUUUAUCAAAGAAAUAUAAAUUCAAUGAAAUUAAAAAUUUUGUUUAUGAAGAAUAUUUUGCGCGACAAAUUUAUUGGAUUGAACGAAAAAAUGUUGUCGAUAAUUUGUUCAAUAUACAUGUGAGGGAUUUAUUUUAUAUCUUUGAUGCUGCAAAAGUAUCAAAUCAUCUAUUAGUAUUCAAUUUGGAAAUGGCAGAUACAUUUAUUUUUCCUGGUUUCAAAGAGUAA